UUGGUUCGGACAGUUAUGCUAAAUUUAUCUUAUCUGGGGAGGGAACCUGUUCUGAUAAAGGACCCGCUAAAGAGGUCACCGCGUUGCAGGGGUGAAUAAAAAGUUAUGACCAUAUCCAUAGGUGUGGCUAGUGGUCUAAGCCGCGACCUUCCUUUGUUCGCGGCAGGGGCGCUGCGAGCGCUCGUCGGUCGCUCACUGCCGCAGUCGAGCUCGGCCAUUAUUCAGUGCGCGCGUGCCUUGCUUCAACUCACCAGCAAAACUUUCUUACGUCAAAUCAAUGGAUAUAACCUAACACGCCGCGCACUCGGUUUCGUAUGAAAUGUGAUUGUUAUUGUGUCUAAAUGGCGUCUCUAAUGUGCCCGUAGUAGUGACGUGCAGUGCUACAGUUUGCAGUGUUAAUGAUGUAAUUUUUUUGUGUGCUGUGUUGUGUUUGAAAAGGAGCAAUGAGUAUCCAAAAGUGUUUUCUGGAUAACUCCAGCAGGAUGAUAAAGGCGAUGUCGACUGCAAAGUCGAGCUCCAGUGAAGUGAAAACGGGCGUGCAAAGUGGCCUCAGAAAGGUUGGCCUGGCGAUGCUGUCAAUGUCGAUGGCUCUCGAUGACAGAAAGAAAAAAACCACUCGCAGUUGGAUAGAGAGCACGUUCCAAAAGCGCGAGUGUAAAUACUUCGUGCCGAGCGCCAAAGACGAACAUGUAUGCUGGUGCGGUCUCAGCAGGACAGCCCAUGGCGCCAACAUUCCAGUGGCGACGCCCGGCGAGGCGUGGAUGCCGGCGCGGCAUACUCAGCCGGCGCCAACGGACGCCUAUGGUACUGUGGAGUUCCAGGGCGGACCGCAUCCUACUAAAGCACAGUACGUCCGCCUUGCCCACGACACACGCUCCGAGCUCAUAGUCCAACUGCUGACGCGUGAAUGGGCCCUCGACCGUCCCAAGCUGCUCAUCACCAUCCAGGGCGGCAAAGCUAACUUCGACUUGCAGCCCAAGCUGAAAAAGGUGCUCAGAAAAGGCUUGCUGAAGGCCGCUAAGACCACGGGAGCUUGGAUUUUUACGGGGGGCACUAAUACUGGUGUGACGCGACAAGUGGGUGACGCAUUACAACUGGAACGCUCGCAGCGAGCCGGCAGGGUCGUCAGCAUUGGCAUAGCUCCAUGGGGCAUCGUGGAAGGGGCAAAUGAUCUUAUAGGCAGGGGCAGAGACGUACCCUACCAUGCUAUGGCUUCACCUAGAUCGAAGCUCGCGGUGCUGAACAACCGGCAUGCGUAUUUCCUAUUGGUGGACAACGGCUCGGUGGGGCGCUACGGCGCAGAGAUCGUGCUCCGGCGCAAGCUGGAGAAAUACAUCGCGGCACAGAAACUACAUCCAUACACGCAUUCAUCAACACCCGUGGUCUGCCUGGUCAUAGAAGGCGGCACGAACACGGUCCGCGCGGUACUGGAGUACGUGACCGACACGCCACCCGUGCCCGUCGUGGUGUGUGACGGCAGCGGCCGCGCGGCUGACCUCAUCGCGUUUGUGCACAAAUAUGCGUCGGAAAGCGGCGAGCAGACAGUCCUGGAGUCCAUGCGAGACUACCUUAUUGGCACCAUCCAGAAAACCUUCGAGGUGCAGCUCCCGCAAGCCGAGUGCCUCUACAGCGAGCUGCUGCAGUGCACCAGGAAAAAGAACUUGAUCACGGUGUUUAGGAUCCAAGAACGAGCAGAAGGCGGGGAAGUACAGGAACUGGACCAGGUCAUCCUAACAGCACUGUUCCGGGCACAGCACUUGUCACCCAGCGAGCAGCUGUCUCUGGCUCUAACAUGGAACAGGGUGGACAUCGCGCGUUCCGAGAUCUUCGUUUACGGACAAGAAUGGCCUCCAGGUGCUCUGGACGAAGCCAUGAUGCAGGCCCUGGAGCACGACCGCAUCGACUUCGUGAAACUCCUGCUCGAGAACGGCGUCUCCAUGCGCAAGUUUCUAACCAUCCCUCGGUUGGAAGAACUGUAUAACACCAAGAGCGGACCCAGCAACACCCUACGGUACAUCCUAAGAGACGUGCGGCCACAUCUUCCGAGGGGCUACGUGUACACGUUACACGAUAUAGGACUUGUGAUAAACAAACUCAUGGGAGGUGCUUACAGGUGUUACUACACCCGGCGCAAGUUCCGUCCGAUCUACGCGAAAGUGAUGAACAAGAGCGUCAACGUGCACCGGAACAGCGCGUCGUUCACCCGCCACGCGGCUGGCGGGCUCUCGCUCAUCACCGGAUUCAUGCCUGUCACCACAGAGAUGGCGCUGUUCGACUACCCCUUCAACGAGCUGCUGAUGUGGGCAGUUCUCACAAAACGCCACCAGAUGGCGCUCCUGAUGUGGACGCACGGCGAGGAGGCGCUAGCCAAGAGCCUCGUGGCCUGCAAGCUGUACAAGGCAAUGGCCCACGAGGCCGCCGAGGACGACAUGGAGACGGAGGUGUAUGAGGAGCUCAGGCAUUAUGGGAAGGAGUUUGAGACCAAAGCUCUAGAGUUGCUGGACUAUUGCUACCGCCAAGACGACGAUCAGGCCCAACAACUCCUAACCUGUGAACUCCAAAACUGGUCCGGACAGACCUGUUUGAGCCUAGCCGUUGCUGCCAACCAUCGCGCUUUACUAGCCCAUCCAUGCUCACAAAUCAUACUCGCGGACCUCUGGAUGGGUGGGCUUAGAACCAGAAAGAACACCAGCCUUAAGGUCAUUCUGAGUCUGCUGUGCCCCCUGUACAUCAUCCAACUGGAGUUCAAGUCAAAGGAGGAGCUGCAGCUGAUGCCGCAGACUGAGGAAGAGCAUCUGGAGAACGAGAGUAUGGAGGACGACCGGAGUACUAAGGAUCCGAACGAUGCUGAGGUUGGCGUAGUGAAACGGAGAACGCUUUCUAUCAAGAAGAUAAUACCACCUGGACAGCAGAGUAAAACCAAGCAGGCAUUGAUUGGCUCAGGAGAAUGCGACACGCGCGUCGAUCAGAACGGGAAAGUGGGUAAAAUAGGGUGGGAGCCAUCGUACAGGGAGCUACCGGAGUACCACGCGCCGGAGGACAAGCGCAUGCGGCCGUUGAGGCUCAGGAAGAAGAUAUAUGAGUUUUUCACGGCGCCGAUCACCAAGUUUUGGGCUGAUUCGAUCGCCUACAUAUUGUUCUUAUUGAUGUUUACAUAUACAGUAUUAGUCAGGAUGAGUCAUACGCCAUCUUGGCCUGAGAUUUAUUCUAUAUGUUAUAUAAUAACGUUUUUAUGUGAGAAAGUAAGAGAAAUCGUUACGUCCGAACCUGUUGCUAUUAGACAUAAGUUCAGCGUGUGGGCAUGGAAUAUGUGGAACACGUACGACGCAGGCUUCAUCAUAUUCUUCCUGGUGGGCUUGACGCUGAGGCUGCGCGUGAGCUCGAUGGAUGUCGGCCGCGUCAUUUACUGCGUCGACAUCAUCUACUGGUACUUAAGGAUAUUGAACAUAUUAGGCGUAAAUAAGUACUUAGGACCUUUAGUCACAAUGAUGGGUAAGAUGGUGAAAAACAUGAUAUACUUCGUGGUGCUAUUAUUGGUGGUGCUAAUGUCAUUUGGGGUCGCGCGGCAAGCGAUACUCUACCCUGAUAAGGAAGCCAGUUGGUACCUCAUCAGAGAAGUAUUCUUUCAACCCUACUUCAUGCUUUACGGCGAAGUAUUCGCCGAACAAAUGGCACCGCCUUGCGGCGGGCUAAACCAGCCGGAGUGUCGGGUGGGCCACUGGGUGCCCCCAGUGGUCAUGAGCGUGUAUCUCCUCAUCGCGAACAUUUUACUCGUUAACCUACUCAUAGCGGUGUUCAAUAAUAUCUUUAUUGAAGUCAACGGUGUGUCGCACCAGAUAUUCUUCCAACCAUACUUCAUGUUGUAUGGCGAGGUGUUUGCCCCGGAGAUCGAUCCCCCGUGCGGCUUGGGCGUGGAUAUGGCCAAGUGCGUGACGGGCCGCUGGAUCACGCCCAUCGUCAUGACGAUUUACCUUCUCGUCGCAAAUAUUUUGCUCAUCAACCUCCUUAUUGCCGUCUUUAACAAUAUAUUUAACGAAGUCAAUGAAGUCUCGCAUCAGGUAUGGAUGUUCCAAAGAUUUACGGUAGUGAUGGAAUAUGAACAAAAGCCAGUCCUGCCUCCGCCACUAAUAAUUUUUUGUCACAUAUACGCGACGUGUAAAUGGGUGACGAGAAAUGUCUCACACCAAAGGUUUCAGUACGAUAAUGGGCUGAAACUUUUCUUAGAGAAAGAAGAUAUGGAAAGAUUGUAUGAUUUUGAAGAAGAGUGUGUUGAAGGUUAUUUUAGGGAACAAGAAGUUAAAUUAUCGAAUUCUAUGGAAGAAAGAGUGAGAAACACAACUGAUAGGGUAGAACAUAUCACAACUAAAAUGGAAGACUUAAAUCAAAAAGCUAAUUGCCAAAUACAGUCAGUACAGAGCGUAGAGUUUAGGUUAAGAAAAUUAGAAGACGUAGCAGAACAGACGAUGAACCAUUUAGCUGUAAUACACCGGUUCAUGGCCACACACCCGUCGUUGGUGAACCGAGGAUCCACGGACACGCUGGGACCACCGCCUCCGACCUUCCAAGCUGUUAGUGCAAGACUGAGAACGACUAGCGACAGAUCGGAGGUGCUGUCGGACAGCGACACAGGCCCCACGCGCUUCGCCGUGCGCCCCGUGCAGGAGGAGGACGAACGAUCGCAACCCUCCGAUUUAACACCAAAAUCACCUGUGCACCAGGACGAGAUGCCCCAAUCUGGGCCAGAAGCCCCGGGCCCAGGAGAGAAGGACCGCGAUGGAGACUCCUCGUCCACGUCCUCGAGAGGCAGUGGUGCUGGACCGGAGAUCACCGUCAUCAGACAGCAACCGCCCACACCGGCACGACAGAGGAGUUCGGAAAGCAAUAGGACUGAACCUAGUGAGGAUAAAAAAGUUCCAUCGAUAACUGAUGAUGCGUUCUUGGAAGUGAACGACACGCCAGCAGACCUCGCCAGCCUUCGGCCUAGAGCCAACACAGCGGGAACCAGGAGAACAGCUAACGCUAGACGGAGACGGUUAUGGAAACAGCGUUCGGAAGGUGGCAACGACUGCGGCAUGGGAGGGCACUACUCGACGCAGCAUCUGGCUCCGAGGCGACAGCACAGCCAGACACAUUCAGAGCCUGACAACUCGGGGGUUGACGCUGGCUCCCUUCAUAACUCUGUCACUGGCCAGCAGUCCGGCUGGGAAGCGACCGGCGGCGCCACCGGCAUGGGUUCAGGCCGGGCUCGGGUCGGCGGCGCACCGAGAUCUCUCCUUCUUGCCAUGCACGAGUACACCAGCAUCACCGACGAGCUGGAGACCGUGUAUGGGCUGUUCUCCCCGCCGCAUACGCCGAGAACCCCCAUCACAUCUCGCCUGCUGUCGCCCGCGAGAGCCGCCUCGCCCUCCGUCCGCCGGCGCCACGCCAGCGAAAUGUCCAACCCGGAAUUCGCCCUCUACAUGGAGAAGGAGCAUCUGCGCGGCGCCGAAGAAGAUGACUACAUCAUUAUGGAGAACCUCAUUCAGCGACGCCUAGAAAUCGAGUCUGUGCUGCACAGAUACGAGGAGGAGGCGGAGGGGGAGGGGGAGGGCGAGGUCAGUGGGAUCAGCAUCAGCGUGUGCGUGAACACGAGCGGGGAGGAGCAGCCGGGGGCACCGCCGCAGUCGACCACGCUACUGACGGUCAAUGACCGCCGGUUGCCGCAUCAGAGACAUUCUCUGAGGAGAUCAUCAGCCAUCGACACCAGGGAGCUGCCGAGCCCGUUGCAGCCGCUGCUUGGAGACGAUGCUUGCGGAGAAGUGCUGCUACCCGUGCCGAGGCAACCUUCAGGUGACACCAACGCAUCCAGCGACAUGUCUCUUUCGCACAUGGUGAGCGAGAACCUGCCGCCGCGGCCGUCCAUCGUGCUGGACUCGUCGCAACUGCCACGCCAGCGGUCCGCCGAGCAACCGCAGCCGCAGCCGCCGGGGCCCGCGCGGCCUGAGACCAUGUGCUAGAUGAUCGCCAUCCUGAACACAACAAUGCACCAAUCAUCAAAAGAGACCCGGAAUUACCAGCUUAUAAAAAAUAUUGGAGAAAAUUGCGCAAAAGUACUAAUCUAAUCAUAAUAAUAGAACACCAAAAAUUACUGUUAGUAUUAAAAUUACAUUUUUGAGAGGUUUUCCAUUUAGGGCCUCGUCGAAACCCCUUUUUCGGCGUUGAGCCAUUCGAUGUACUUACUCUUGACUGUCUGUCCCGUGUGAUCUAGUAUUAGACUGAAACUAACACUAUUCUAAAUAAAACCAUAUCCUUUGUAACAGUGGCGUAGCUAGGCGUGGGCGAAAUGGGACGUCGGCCUCGCGCUUGCACAGUGAAAGACAAGGGCCUCACAGAUGCGAUUUCGCCCACGGCUAGAUUAGUUCACGCUACGCCACUGCUUUGUAAACUUUACUAAUUGUUAGCACGUUUAAAACUAGCUCGCUGUACAUUUGCUAAGCUCCUGAUUUGAAACCAUGAAUGGUCCGAAAAGCUUUGUUCGUCGUUCAAAAUCUGCACGCAAGGGCUUACUUUAACCGCUAGCGUCGAAUUUUGUGCGCAGGUUUUGAAAAAUAAAUUAUAUAAUCAAUUUCAUAUAAUAAAUAACGUUUCAAUUUUUACCUGCGGUGGUGAGGUGAAAAUGAACUGUGUUGCGCUCGGCAGCUAAAUUGUUUCGCGUGGCGCUUUCAAAGCAGUGGCGUAGCUAGGCGUUGGCGAACUCGCCCUAUGCCUGGCACUUGAGGGGGCCCUGCGGGAGGCAGCCCUUUUUAUUUUAUUACAUUGAAUUAAUUGACAAAAAAGUGCCCGCGCUUUAAUUCCCGUUACGCCACUAUUUCAAUGUGAGCACUAGCGCCAAACAACUUUGCAGCCUUGUGUAAAGGAAUUAUAUUCUAAUUAAUAAUCGUUACUUAAAUAAUAAUAUAGUGUACAGACUGUACAGGCGACGUAGUAAGAACUGAAUGAAAUAUUUUCGACAAUACAUUCGUGUACGCGUACGAAUAUGGAACUGAGAGUAGCCUAGGAUAGGUAAAUACAUAUUCCGGGGCAAUAGAAUAUGAUAAUUGUAUUUAAUUUUUGACUACGGCAACGCUGGAAUUGAUCCUGCCAAUAUGAAUAGCUUAUUUAAAUAUUUGCACGGGCUAUAUGGCCAAUAUGUUGAUAAGUGUCAAACUGAAUAAAAUUAGGAUCCAUUACUCUCUGAACAUGUUAUAAACAAAACAAUUAAAUAAAUAGUAUUUUACGCAGCCGCGAUAUCUUCAUACUCGUACGCGCCCCGGCCGCCGGGGCCCGGCGGGUUGGUCAAGGACACCUUCUCGUAACUCAUGAGGCCCUAGCUGGUACUUGCUCUUUGCUAAAUUCAACUUUUAGACAUUUCUCGAUUUUGGCCAACGUAGCCUAUGGAGACUAACAAGCAACGCUAAGCGGUUUUUGUAGUCUUUGGAUGUUGCUAUAUUAUGGGUGUCACAUGCGCAUUUCUGACUUAUGAACUUUAUGAAGGCUAUGAAGUAAUUGUUUCGAGUAUACAGCCUAAAAUAAAUAAUUAAUUUGAGCUAUCGUUUUGUUUCUUCCUCUUGACCGCGGCGAGCUGUGAUUGGUCCAUUUCGUUAUAGUUGACUAAAACCGUUUCGAAAUGAAUAUUAUAAGUUGGGAGCCCAUACAUGAAAAGUACCCAAUGAAAAAUAUUUCAUAAAAUAAUUUGAUUUGUUCCCUAGUUGAAUUACAGUUUGGUAUACGAAAUCUUAAUUCAACCAUUACAACAGUCGACGAGUAGAAAAAUAUAUAUACAGUGUGGUACUACUAAACUAAAUUUUCUUUCUUUUCUAUAAAAGUUUUGAUUUGACAAGUACAUUUUACAUAUCUGAGUUAUAAUCAGUUACAUACAUAGUUAUCUAAAUGUAAUGAUCCCAUUUUCUAUCGAACACUUUGGAGCGAGGUCUCCUGAUACAGGUAGGUGCUUACUCCAUACAUACCUAAUAGGAGGACUCGACCACUAUGUAUUUACAAACUAAGAAUGAAAUGAAAUAAAUGAUUAUCUUACUUUAUUAAAUAGUUGAAUUAAAUAUUUUGUCGUUAACCAGUUGAGAGGCGAGACAUGUUUAAGUAUAUCCCGAAUUUAUUUAGUACUUCGCGUUAAAAAGUUUUAUAAGAGACGCAACGAGACGCAUUAUGAUAUUUUAAAUCAAUUUUAUAACUCGUCAUCCUAAUGACGAAAAUGGUGUUUAUUUUAAUAUUUUUUUACCUAAGUAUUUAGU